UUUUAAGUUGAAAACAGUUUGGUUUCUGCCAGUCAUAAUGACAUUAAAGGACAGGCGGACACAGGUCCUUAUAUCUGCUAAUGCAAAUAGUUGGGUCAUUCAUGAUUCCAGAGGAAGUAUUUGUAUCAUAGGCAAAUGUUAAACAAAGGAAAUCCUGCUGAACUAGCAACUGAUUUUGAUAAUGGGGUUGUGCUUUAUUACCCAGACGCCCUUGUCUCAGGAUGAUGAGCUGGCUCUGAUGGCGGGCUACGCUGCAGCGAUGGAUGCCUCCAUGUCCGAAGCCAGCUCCACUCAGGAUGUGACGGCUGCCAUGGCCUCAGGACCCAGCAGCCCUCCAGACAGCUCCGAGCCCCAGGGGGGCCCCAGUGGGAUGGGCAGGCCCCCGGAAGACUGGGAGAGCCAAACAGGAGAGGAGCUGGAACACACCUCGCUGUCAAUGUGUGUGUCUGAGGCCAGCUGCAAGAAGAGACGAGGCAGCUUCCUCCAGAAGAGUGCCAAGCUGUUUUUCCGCCGCCGUCACCAGCGCAAGGACCCGGGGAUGAGCCAGUCUCACAAUGACCUGGUGUACCUGGAGUCUCCGGCCGCCGUGGAGCGGGCCAGCCGCACCGCCACACUCAGCCGCAUGCUCACCCGCAAGAGCAGGAAGAGCAAAGCCAACGGCCCUACCUCUACGGGGGAGCCACAUGUGUGACCCUGCUCUCCUCAGUCUCUCCUACAACAACUACCAUCACCUCCACCUCAAACUUGCACUGGCUAACUCCCUGGCUAAUUGACCCCCCCCAAUAUAUACUGGGACUCCUGCAUUGUGAAUGGGAAAGCUGUGCAAAUGGAAAACUGUUUUUACUGUCGUUUCCUGCUACCUGUGAGAGACAGGUGUGUGUGUGUGUGUGUGUGUGUGUGUGUGUGUGUGUGUGUGUGGGGAUUAAUGGUAUUUUGCAUGUUUCCUUUAUCUGAUUUUAUGCAACAUUUUGAAGUCUUUUAAGUGCUUUUGUGGCCUUGUUACUGACAGAAGGGACCGGCUGUCACUCUUUACCUCACAGACACUGAGGGGGAAGAGUAAACUCUCCCUGCUGCAAUCCGUACAUUUCCUACGGAGGACCAACAGGACCAAAGAUGAACUAUAGAGUGGUAUUUGUAUGAUUUGCACAGUUUUGGAAUCUUUAUUUAAAGUGCAAUGACAGGAUCUGCUCUGGUGACAGAGAUUCAUUUUGAAAACAUUAACAAAGGGAGACCAUCUUUUAAAUGUGGGAGAUAGUAAUACGACUACUUUUUGACACUAAAACUAUGAAAUAUGGUAUUUAAAUCAGUUCAUUCGAAAUCCUUGUAAUGGUAUUCCAAGAUAACAAGAUCAGAACUACAGCUAUAUCUACCGUGCAUAUAAAAGCUGUAAAACGAAGCUAUCCGCAUAAUGUCAGCGUUAUGUCUAACAUAGAAGUAUAAGUCAUGGAUGAUUGGCAUGCACAGGGAACAUGUUAUCAUGAAUAAGUUAUUACCCUUCCAAUAGGAAAAAAAAGAACAUGAAACUCGGCUAAAUGUGUUUUUUUAAAUGAUAUGCAACUUUCUCCUUUGUCUUCCGAAAAGAUUCUUCCUGUUCACUACUGUUCACUACUAUCAUCAGGGUUGUUAAUGUGUCAAAAGGGAAUGAAUGAACCUCUGUGCAGGGACUCGGCCAUAACCAUCGCAUUGGAACGCAGUCUACAUUCAUUUUAUCUGAAAAUGAAAUUGUUUAUUGGAUAUCUUAUUGUUUUUAUAAGAUGUAACUAUGAACGAACACAUGAGUGUGAACAGACUUUUUUUUUUUUAAAUCCAGCUAAUGAUUGUAUUUUCUUUUUGUGAGCAGCUUUUUGAAGACAUUUCUGUCCAACAUGUUAACUACUGUUUCUUUAAUAAGCGAGUGUACUCAGAGAAUGAUGCAGCACUAACGGAUUGCCUGACACUUUUUUCUGAGGAUGAUGUCACAGGUGGACUUUUGGUUCUUGAGGCUGCAUCUAACGCCACAUCAGAGGACUGGAGGACUGUAGCAAACUGUUGAAAUGAGACAAGGGUACACCCAUGUUCCUGCAACAUCAGCAGCAUCUAUAAUCAAGAAGCCUAUGCACAUAACAUAUCUGUUAACUGAGUGUUUACAUUGUUAGACUAUCUGAGAAUUAAAAAGCCUCACUCGCUGUUCAUGAUACUGUCCUGCAGAUAUACUGUGGGUUGUCAUUUGUCUUUUACCAUUGUUGACUAAUGUCUGUUUUAAAACAUUGUGGGCCCAGAUUGGGGAUGAAGAAAAUGUGAUUACCUUUGCACUCUGAGUUAGAGAUGAGGAAAAGAGUGGUUUUAAUCAUGUUCAGCUUCAGAGCCUUUGCUAAUGGCAGCCUGCAGGCAUCUACUGGUGUACAUUCAGUAAGCAGUAGUGCUGUGUGUUUAAGAAACUACUUCCUGAUGUUUUUUUAUUGGCAUAUGCUCUGUGCACAGAAACGGACCGACUUAGCUGUUGUUGCAGUCAUUUCCCUGCAGGGAUUGUAACUAAUAUAAACAUUGAGGUAAUUCCUUUUCAGCAAUAAAUAUUGAUUAAAGUA